AUGGAGUUACUAAAAUCUCUACCUAUACAUACAGAUAAAAUCUGGUCUUUAGCAAUCAAUAAACCACAUCAAUUAUUAGCAACUGCUUCAAGCGAUCGCAAGAUAAAAUUCAUAAAAGUUGGGGAGGCCCACGAUAAAAACAGUUAUAACGUUGUGGAUGAGUUAGAUGACUCAAUACACAAGAAAUCAAUACGUACUGUUGCUUGGAGACCCUCUGAAUAUACACAUAUGCCCGUUUUAGCGGCUGGUUCUUUUGACACCACCGUUUCUAUUUGGGGGAAGGAAAACGAUGAGUCCAUAUUAUCCGAAAAUAAUAAUGGCACAAUAGAAUUAUUGGCAUUAAUCGAAGGACAUGAAAAUGAAGUCAAAUGUUGUAACUGGAGUCAUAAUAGUCAAUAUUUAGCUUCUUGUUCCAGAGACAAGACUGUUUGGAUUUGGGAAGCAGAUGAUUAUAGCGAAGAUUUUGAAUGUGUUGCUGUUUUACAAGAACAUUCACAAGAUGUUAAACACUGUGUUUGGCAUCCACAUAAAUUGUUAUUGGCAUCCAGCUCUUAUGAUGAUUCUAUAAGAAUAUGGAGAGAGUUUGAUGAUGGCGACGAUUGGGAAUGCGCUGCAGUUUUGGAAGGACACGAGGGCACGGUUUGGUGCUCCAGUUUUGAGCCAAACAGUGCCACUGAAAAUAUUAGAUUAUGCAGUAGCAGUGACGAUGGUACUGUAAGAAUUUGGAAAUUAAUAGAAGAUCACGAUGAUGAUGAUGAACAAAAGUGGAAUCAAGAAUCAGUUUUACCCCAGGCACAUUCUAGACAAGUAUAUCACUGUGAUUGGAACACAAAUGGCUACAUUGCUUCCUGUGGUGCAGACGGUAAAAUAGUUGUAUACAAGGAAGAAGAAAAAUUUUCUGGGAAAUGGUCAAUUUUAUUUGAAAAAAACGAUGCCCAUGGUUGUUACGAGAUAAAUACAGUCAAAUGGAUAGAUGAUAAUAGACUUGCCACUGCGGACGACAAUGGUACUGUAAAUAUAUGGAAAAUCUAA